AUGGCGUCCCUUCCCCCGCAGUACACCUUUGUCUCUCCUCGUGAAGGAUAUGAAAAUGCUCCUCCUCUGCCCGACGAAUUGAACGAGGAUGGCAAGAGCUUCAAGAACCCACCGCGCGACGGUCUGAGCAAGGCCUACGAGGAAUUCCCUGCCCCGCUAGACAACGGGCGCCGAGGAGGCUUCGACAUCCACAUCUAUCACUUCCAAAGCAACCCAGAACAGGUCAAACAUGCCAAGGAGUUGUGGGAACGCAUUCGCAGGGAGUUCCCGGAGCUGAGAAUCUAUCGAUUCUGGGAGAGGCCCAUCGGCCCGCACCCGGUGGCCAUGUUCGAGGUCAAUCUCUUCACGCCCGCACAGUUCGGGGCAUUCAUUCCCUGGCUUGCCAUCUACAGAGGGCCGUUGUCGGUGCUCGUCCAUCCCAACACGGACGAGGAGGGAAACCACAUGGCCAACGAGUUGCGCAAUCACACGCAGAGAGCCAUCUGGAUGGGCGAGAAGCUGCCGCUCGAUACGACCAUAUUUUACCGUGGUCAAUGA